AUUUGGCUCCACUCCUGUGUACGGGUGUAUUUCAGAGUGAGUGUGCGAGUGCUACUGGUGUCCGGCGUGAGUUCUGCGCUUAAUCACAAGCCACCGUGCCAGCCUCGAGGCUUUCCUUGCCUGCCCAGGCAAGGAAGAGAUGGCCUCGCUGCCCUUCGGCAGCACCGCCAGUGUCGACUGCAAUCAGCUUUUGGUAGAAACAAAUGGCUCUACACGGACACUGAUUUUGAACAGGCCAAAACAGCUUAACGCACUCUCUUCCACAAUGAUUAAGGAACUCCUAAGGUGUUUCAUUGCUUACGAGAAAGACGAUGGAGUUAAAUUGUUGAUUAUGAAGGGGAAAGGAAGAGCAUUUUGCGCUGGAGGUGAUGCUGCUGUAGGUUUCCAGUCUGCACUUAAUGAGGGAUGGAAAUGGGGUGCUAAUUUCUUCAAAAAUCUGUAUUUGUUAAACUACAUAAUUGCAACUUGUAUCAAACCUCAGGUUUCUCUUCUCACUGGAAUUGUCAUGGGUGGAGGUGCUGGUGUUUCUUUACAUGGAAGAUUUCGAGUUGCCACUGAGAAGACGAUUUUUGCAAUGCCAGAAACAGCUCUGGGUCUCUUUCCAGAUGUAGGGGGCUCAUAUUUUCUAUCUCGGCUACCGGGGUUCUAUGGAGAGUAUGUUGCUCUUGCUGGUGCCAGAUUGGAUGGUGCAGAAGUGCUUGCAUGUGGUCUGGCAACUCAUUUUGUCCACUCAAAUAGGCUGCUAUUGCUUGAAGAAUCUCUUAAGAAGGUGGAUACUUCCAAUCCUUUCAUUGUGUGUGGUAUUAUCGAUCAAUUUAGUGAACAGCCAUCACCGAAAGAAAAUAGUUCUUUGAAUAGGUUGGAAAUCAUCAACAAAUGCUUUUCCAAAAGGACAGUUGAAGAAAUUAUAUCUUCUCUUGAGCAAGUGGCCUCAAAUUUACCUGAUGAAUGGGUUGCUGCGACGAUCCAAUCCUUGAAAAAUGCUUCUCCAACCAGUUUGAAAAUCUCUCUGAGAUCGAUAAGAGAAGGGAGAACACAAACUGUUGGGGAGUGCUUGCGUCGGGAAUAUAGAAUGGUUUGCCAUGUCGUGCGUGGUGACUUCAGUAGAGACUUCUUUGAGGAAUAUAUCAACAUCCUUAACACUACUCUUUUUCAUUAAUGAUCUCUCUACUUUGUUGUCUUUGCGCGGCAAGGUCUGUACCUAACAUCAUAUUAUUGCAGGGAUGUAGGGCUAUACUGAUAGAUAAGGAUCAAAACCCAAUGUGGAUGCCUCCAAGGUUGGAACAAGUACAUGAUGAAUCAGUUCAACAAUAUUUCUCUACAAUUGAUGAUCCACAGUGGGAAGAGUUAAACCUACCUACCAGACAUUUCCAUGGGAGAAAUAUUAAGUCCAAACUUUGAUUGAAAUCUUGGGCAAAAGAUGUGAACGAUGGAGCCUCGAGGAUGGUCAGAAUAAUAAUUAAUUAAUAAUCUCAAGUUUGGGGAGAGUUUUUACACUACAAACUAAAAAUGAAAUAAUGUUGUUUAUCGUAGAAACUCUUUGUAAUGUAUACAUGAAGUUCUACCCAUUUUAGAAUAAUUACAAUCGACUUCGGAUGUUGUGAUCUCAUAUAGAUGAUGAGCUUUGUAAGAGAAAUUUGGAAUUCUUACAUAAGGUGGACUUGACUAAUGUCAUCCCACAAAUGGAUUACAACCA